AUGGAAAACUACACCUACAACAGCCCUACAUUACAGCUAGAGGGGUUAAAUCUCUCAAAAGGCUCUGUCUACCCUGUGUUUCUCUUCCUCUUUUUCUCCUACUUGUUUAUCAUUUUUGCAAAUGUUGGCAUUGCUGUUCUAGUUUUCACUGACAAGAGCCUUCACCAGCCCAUGUAUCUCCUUUUCUGGAACCUGUCAGUCAAUGACAUCCUUGGAAACUCUAUCUUAGUGCCCCGUUUGCUUAUAGACAUGUUGAGGCCUCCCUCUGAACGCCUCAUUAAUUAUUAUGUGUGUUUGGUUCAAGCUUUUAUCUCACACAUGUUUGGUACCACCACUCACACUGUGCUCAUGAUCGGUCUGACCAUACGGCUGAACCGAUGCAGGACUCUCAUCACAAGUCCCUAUUGUGACAAUGCUGCUCUAUUUAGGCUCUCCUGUGAGAGUGUAUUCAUUAAUAAUGUCUAUGGUCUCACUUUCACUGUAGUCCUGUUUACAGGUUCUAUAGGCAGCAUUGUUCUCACCUAUACUAAGAUUACAGUAGUUUGUCUAACUAGUAAGAACAAGUCUUUGAACAGUAAAGCCUUGAAAACCUGCAGCACUCAUCUGACUGUUUAUCUUAUCAUGCUGAUCAGUGGAAUAUUAAUUAUUACUCUUCAUCGUUUCCCUCAGUACUCACACUACAGGAAACUCUGUAGCAUUUUGUUUCAUGUCAUCCCUGGAGGCCUCAACCCCAUUAUUUAUGGUGUGCAGUCCAAAGAGAUACGAAAAUUCUUCUCAAAAUCGUUCAAGCACAAGAAAGUUUUGCCAUCAUUAUGA